AUGUUGGGCGCAAAAGCCUACUUGAACGAAAUACUCAAGGGUUGCCCACAUUUGGACGAGGAUGACGUCCGCGCGAUUCGAAUACCCUACCUGCAGAUUAUGGGCUUUCAGGCGGUGUUGUUCGUUCUCUACACCAAAGAUAAGGACGUUCACAUUGCCGAAGAAGUUUACGAAUUUGACUUCCCAGCAACAAAGAAACAAAUACGGACAGUUCAUGUGGAAAACCUUGAUAAGGCUCUCUCACUCUUGAAGGAGCUGUUGAAGAACCUGGAAGACCUGAUUGAAGAAGGAAAAUUCUAUCAUGAGGAGGACAAAAUGGUCAGCAUUAUCAACGAACUCAGUGAAAAGAAAAUCAAGAAUAACGAUCAAUGGCUGGGCAAAGUGAAGUUGCCGUCCGAGGUGGAUGAGAAAGACGGUAACAGUGACGAUCACGAUGACGAUGAAAACGAAUACUAA